CUGUCCGAGCGGCUGAAUGCACGCGCCUAACGAAACAAAUUGAAAAUUUUCUCCCUAAGUGACUGAAAAAAACCAAAAUCUAUCGUAAAAACUCUUGAUAUAUAACGCUUUGCUAAUUCAGUAGCCAUGCCAAUUUUCAGUGCGUGACUAACCUUUUUUAAUUCAUAUUUCGAAUUUUGUUUCUUUUUAUUUCUUGCCAGUGAUAAGGACUAGUGCUGUGAUGAAAUAUUAGAUAGUGAUCAUAUUUAGGCCUAUAGACGAAAUAGUUUUUUAUUGAUAUAAAUAAUAGUUUAAGAUCGAAUCAGUUUGACAGAAUCGUGGUUUUUUUAAUAGUUUUGUGAUGUGAGGACACAAAAUCGGCUUGCGUAACUUCGACCUGUGUAGAGCACCCCAGCCGUGGCCGCGCGGUGAUGUCGGCAUGGAGGUGGUGGUUCCGCUGGCCGUGGUCUGGGUGCUGGCGGUGAGCGGCGCGCCCAACACCACGCGACGGCUGACCGACGUCGCCGACACCACUCGCCGACAGCCCGACCUCGACGACGUCACCGACGACGAUAACUUGCAUCUCCACGACUAUUAUGAUGAGGAGAGGAUCAAUAUAUCUGAGACGGGCAUGUACCUGGGGUCGCCAUGCUUGCAGUGGUGUGACCCGCGACUGCUGCACGUGGUCUGCGAGCCCGCGUCGCGGACCUGCCAGUGCGACGUCAGGCAUCCCGUCGCGCUGGGCGUCGCUAAGGGCUGUGCCAAACCCAGGAAACUCGGCGAGCAGUGCUUCUACCGUCAGACGUGCAGAGCGUUUGAUGCCCAUUCAUCGUGCGUGCAAGUCAACCACAACGCUUACUGCCAGUGCGACCCUGGCUACCACAGCACCUCUCACUCCAGACCCACGCAGAGGGUAUUCUGCACUGAAGACUUGGUGCUGCUGACAGCGGACAUGCCGACGCUACUGGGGGUGGCGUCGGGCAUUUUCGUGUUAGCCGGGCUUCUUUGCAUGGUGCUCCAUCUGUACACGCGAGCGCGAUAUCACCCCACGCAUCUAGCUGAUGCGAGACUCACUCCGCCGUGUCUGUACUCGCUCAAUGAUACAGGUGGCACCAUAAGCGGGACGCGCGCUUCGUCCCGAGCGUCGUCGCGCAGCGGCUGCACGAGCGGCACGCUGGAGCUGGAGUCGUGCGCGUCGCGGCGCACGUCCCGGCGCGGCGUGCCCGUGUCCGCGUCGCGCGCAGGUGCGGCGCGCACCGCGGCCAUCUUGCUAAUCUCGCGCCACCUCAAGGCCGUAAGGCGGGACGGCGGCGCGCACCCGCCUAAGUGCGCCGCCAAAGGUUCGCGACGUCCAAGUUUAAGUUCAGUUCAAAGCAGCUCUUCAUCUAUUAGGAGUUAUAGUGCGAAGAAGUGGGAAAGGGAGAGAGAGCAGAAGGAGAGACGGCAGAUGAGCAUGCGUCUGGCGCAACUCCACGACAAGAUGGCGACGGGCAAGGAAAUCCCAAAGCAUGCUCCGACGCCGUCGCCUCGUUCGCCAAAUAACUCCACUGACGGGCUGUUGCCAUCUGUAUGUGAGAUUAGAGAAUUGGUGACCCACCCAGAGCCUCAAUUGCAAGGCGUGGACGGUCCCUGUUCAUCAUCUUCACUGUACUGACACCAGGUCAAUAGGAAAACGCGUCGUUCCCUCGACUCGCUCUCCUCAGACGGUUCGCCAGCCUUGGCCUGGAUGUAGACGUGACCACAAGUGCUUCAUUAUAUCUGUGAAUAGCGAGAUGCCGAAUGGAAUGAAAGACAUGUCGUUUCGUCUUGCGUGUGUGGCGUGUGUGGCGAGAACACACGUUAGAAUUAGCUUGAAUGUAGACCAGAUAUAUUUCCAAAUCUGUGAAAAGUUGGAAGCAGAAAUAUGCGUUUUCUCUCGCUUGCUCCCAUGGUGCACCAGCUUUGGCGUGUAUAUGAAAAGAAUAGCAAGACGCGUGUAUCCUCUCGCUCUCUUCUUCUGCGUGGACCUCAAGUGUAUCUGUGCAAUGAAUAACAAAUUAAAUGGGAGGGACAUGUAGAUAUUUCCGACAGUGGCCGUACUAAUGCAUAGAUUCAUCGAACUUUAUAGACCACAUCUAGCGCGUGAUGCAAACAUUAUAUGUGGCCAAAUGUGGACUGUCGUAAACGUUACGUAUGGCAAAUCAGACGGGUCAUAUCCUGAACUGAUCAACCCCAUGAUUUGGAUAAGAUAAAGACAUGACCAUAAGUGCUUCAGUGUUAGGUAUCUGUGAAAUCGAAAUAUCUCUGAAAAUUGUGUUUUUAAUAUACUUCGACGGUACAAGUACUGCUGAUCGAUUUUUCUUUUGUAUACUUAUAGUGUUAUGAGAAUAGAUAUACUUAACAAAAAAAAACAAAUUAUUUAUAUCAAUAUUUAAUUGAAAUACGGAGAAUAUAAUUACAUGAGAUAGCAAGACAUAAAGUAUCAUGUCUUUAUCCCUUACGGUGCAGACAGAGCCAAGUGUUGCGAAAAUCGAAGGCAGCUUAUCUACUUACUGCACAAUAUUUACAGAAUAAAUUAUUAUGCCAUGACUAGAUUAAUGUGUUAUAGAUUCAAGGAUGACAAACAUUUCUUUUGAUUGAUUACUAGAUACUACAGUCCUUGCUUGUUCAUACGAAAAACAAAAUUCCUGGAGCAGAUCACGUUUUACUCAGCGAUAUAUAUCAUUGUCACUAUUAAUUUUGAGCGUUGCGACAACAUAACAUGUUGUAGCUCCGUUGUGCUCCAUUGUUUCACACCAACGUGCGUUGACGUACGUCGAAUCUCCAUACACUUUCUGCGUUGUCCGUCUCGGUCACAUCCGUCGACAAGACGACAAAACGCAACGUUGCAAUGGGACACGGCUUGUAUUAAAGUUAUCGCGGCUUCCGUAUUUAUGAUUCCAAUAAUUAAAUCUGUUUUCUAUAUAUCAGGCAGUGCUUGUAUCAUAAGAAGUAGAUAAUAUAAGUGUAUUUAUUAAUCCAAGUCGUUCAAAUAAGAAAACCCCGCGUAGAAACACCAUUUCAAUUAUGAAUAAGCAAUAGUAUUGUCAAGAUGCGGAAUGAACGCUUCAAGCUUCUAGAUUUAAGUAUAUUAGUAAGUGUAGCCAAAGAGGAUUAGAAUUAGUUUUGCUAUACUGUGAUGUUGUAACUUUAUGCCGGCUGUACAUCAUACACUAUCGGCGAAACUCGAAAACAUUAAUUGACAAACAGCAAGUACGAACGCAGUUUUUGGGGAUCUAUGGUGGUUUCUUUGCCGAUAGUGUACAGCUAACAUUAGAAUAAUGAAAUGGAAUAUGGUACCCAAAGGAACAGCUCAUCGCGAGGCCCGCCUAAAUUUUGUAAUAGGUGGCUUAAGACUGUUAAAAGUACAGAGUAAUAAGGGUAAGAAUUGAGAAGACGAAGGUAAAAAAGAUUUUUUUGAUCCAUAUCUCAGUCACUGCCAAAUAUGAGAUCGAGUGACGUAUCUCAUAUUUUAAUAUGAAAGAAAUACAGCCCAUUUUCUACAGGGUGGCUUUGUAAAGACUUUCACAAGUGUGGAGGGCGAAAUAGAGAGGGUCAAGGGUAAAAUGAAUUAGUAAUUAAACGUUAGAAGCAACUUUUAAAAGGGAAACCGUAGAAGCGAUGUAAAUGAUAGAAUAUGACUGUGAUUGUUCAAUGAAAAUUCUAAUCCUCAUUGGGUUUAGAGAAUAUAUUUUGGCGGCUGUCAAUGGUCUCAUCAGGUAUAUACUACCAUAGAUACAAUCAUUUUUUUCUUACGAGUCCUGACAUAUAACGACUUCUUGAAUUUUGUUGAAAAUUAAUCAAAUAUUAGUUCUAAACUAUACAAUCUAAAGUAAAACACUUAUUAACCACGAUAGUAAUUUCCUAACAAGUAUAUAAUUGCUGUAAAGUCAUAAAAAACCAUGGUUAGAUAGGUAAUUAUGAUUUGUAAGAAAAAACGGAGAUAACAUACCUGUGGGGGUGCAACACUGUAAGAGUGAGAUGGCGUAUGUGCGAGAUAGUGUGUAUGAAAGAGAUGGAAGAAGGUUGGUAUGGAAAAGGGUUGAAUGCAAUUUAACUAUCCUCUGUCCCUCUCGUGUGAGAGGGAUAGAGGAUAGUAAUAGUUAAAAAAAAGAUGGCGAUGAAUACGAAAUUUUAUUUGAAUAAUUGUAAAGUCGUGUUAAGUGGAGAAAAAUAAAAAGAAGCGGAAUUGUCAAGAAUUUUAUAAUUUCAUUGAACCCCUCCGAUACAUAUGUACAAGGAAUGUGUGGAUAUCCGCCGUUAUGAUAUUUUAAAAUGGUUACAAACGCUUAGAAUAUAAAGCCUAUUUUUAAAGUUAAACUGUAUAAUAGCGUAAGUGCGAUAAAUAUAAGCGUUUAUAUAAAAGUUGAUUGAAAAUUAACAUAUUUUUUAUGGCGAACACUUUCAUGUUUUGAAUAAUAAUACAAAAAUAUCACCCCAUCACAUACUUAGUGCCCUGUAAAUUACUUACAAAACAUUGAAUCAUUUUCUUUUUACAAAUCCUUAUUUACAUACUGUAUUUCACACAUCGUAACUUACAAAAUUAACUUGUCCUUGACAUGUAAGUAUUUGUGGCAAGGCUCCUUGUUAUCGCAGCGCAAUAAAAUGACAUAGAUUGUUAUGGAAAAUUGUAUUAUUGACCUGAACAUUGUAAUUGUGAUUAAAAUUUAUUUCUUGUUCAGUUUGUUGCAGAAAAGUGUCUCUCAUAAACAUAAAAAUGUUUAUUAAUUCAUGGACGAAAGUUGAAUAUAUAUUUAUAACACCAAUUCAGGCGUAAAGACCUAAUGCAAGUGCAAUUUUUUAAAAUAAAUUUAAUAUACUGAAAUAGUCACAUAGUUCACAAUACAUACCUAAAGGUACAUUAAGCUUUGGAUGUAUACAUGAAGUAAAUAGCUUCCUUUUGAAUCAAUCAAUGUAUUUUUACUUUGACAUAGAAGUUAUACAUUGCAUUGUAACAUUUACAUAUAGCUUCUCCCAUAAAAAUAUAAAUAAAGCAUAAAAUACCAUCGGUUGUAAAAAAAUAUCUCAGGAUCUUGUAAAGACUGAAUCACCUCAUAUUUUAACAUAGUACCAAAUGUAACUAGAAAAAUAUUUGUUAUAAUGCCUAAAUUGUACACAAGACAAAUUAGUAAAGUACCUACGCAGGUAAAGUACUAAGUACCUAGGUUCUUCUUCUCUUACAAUUAAUCUUUCCCUUUUCAGUCAUAUAUCUAGGCAUAUUUGGAGGUUUUUAACAUGCAUUAUUUACACGAGCUUUUGUCAUUUGAGAUAUCUUGUUUCAUUCAACUCGUGAAAAAAAUAUCAUAUACCUAUGUCCAGCUGACCGUUGAGUUCCUCAUAGGGAGCCGAUCCUAGGACGUCCUGGCUGCGCUAUAAUUUUAAUUCAAUCGAUUGAACAAAACAUUGAGUUGCGAGAUUUCACCCGAAUAUAAGACCUUGCAAAUUAUAUUUCUCAAAAAGCUACAAACUACUCGCAUUUCGGAAUUACCAUUGCUGGGAAGAAAUGCCGACAGAGACUCAUUUAAACAGUAUGCCAGAAGGACUUACCAUUAUUGUUUUUUCUAUAAUAGAUACGACAAAUAUAAAUUUUCAAACGGCUUUCUGGAAAAAAAGUGUCGUGUGCAAGCACUCCCGAAUCUCCAUCACCAGACAGUUUAUCAAUAGACAGCAACAGUCGUUGUAUUCUACUAUUAAUAUCAUUCUAACGAUGUGCUUUAUUUAUAAAUUUCUUAUUUUCGUCGUGGCUCGUCGUGUUUAUUAAUCUACACAUAUUUUAAGGUCUUCAACCUUGCCACCACAUGUGUUAAGGCAGAAUUAAGAAAGAUUCAUAAAUAUAAUCCACAUCAACUGGACUACGUGAAACUUAUCUAAAGUUUCCGACCAAUCCCUUAUAUAUUUUAAUAGAAUUAAAUUAGAACAAUGUUGUUCCUUUCUAAAAGGAAACCAAUUAUUAUUUUCCCUUGAGAAGACAUGCAGCAGAUAAUUACCGACAGUUGUUUUUAUCAAGUUUACAGAGGUAUCCUAAACAAAUUAUAAGAUAUCCCACUACAAAAUUAUGCCAGAGAAUUGGUUAAAUGUAUUUUGUAUUGAUUUCUAGAUACGAGCAGUGAUGACACUAUACCUAGGCCAAUCAGAUAAGCUUAUGGCGCAGUCAAUAGUACCUACUAGACAACUCUUUAGUGUUGAAGUAGCCAAAACAACAAGCAAUAUCUAGAUUCUGUAUUCUAGAUUCAACUACCUACUUUUACUCAGUUACUAGCCAUAAACAUACAAACCUAGGUAUCACAUGUACAGGCAACAGCGCAUCAAGCUAUCGAAAGUCAUUGCAAAUUCGCCGUUAUUGUUGUAGCAUAGAGUUCCAUGCAGACUAACUUGACAUGCAGUAGACUGUACCAGUACCAGCACCAAACAUGGUAACAUCACUUGCGCAAGUAAACAAGGUCAGGAGUGAAGCCCUUACCAGGCCAAAAUAAGUAUUUUGUAUCCAUACAGAGACAUACGUUUACUUCCCCAAUGUCUAUAAAUAUUACAACUAUGUGCUAUAAACGUGAUCGUGCUAUAAACUAAGUAUGAUUUUUAUUUGUAACCAAACAGAAAAUAAAAUGUUUUCGUUUGAUUGAAUCCACUUAUAUCCCAUCCCAUCAGGCAUUUGAAAUAUAAGUACCUUAAACCUAUACAGAUUUACUAAAAUAUAUUAUAUAGAUGCUCAAGAUCCUUAUAUACCUACCUAAAGAUACUAGCGGGCCGUCCCGGCUUCGCUCGGAUAAAAACAUAAUAAAUUAUAGUACACUCAAACCUUCCUCAGGAAGGCCACUGUCUAUUGGUGAAACUCGCAUGAAAAUCCGUGCAGUAGUUUUCGAGUUUUUCGCGAAGAGACAGACCAACAUACAGACGCGCCAGGACUUUGUUUAAAAUAUGUAAAAAUAAGGGAUUUUUGUGGGAAAUAACCACUCAUCCGAUAGCGUGAUAACAAAGUUAUGAGUUCACUUUUCGAUGCCAUGUUUGAGUGAGUCUGGUUGAUAUCUACAUAUCUACGUUACAGGAAGUUGAAUUGAACAUGUCUGAAUCGCGCGCAGAGCACUUCUAGAUAUAGAUUUUUUUUCUUUUUGUUCUACUGUGAGGUGUAGUUAGCAGCAAUCAGAAUGUAUAAAAUAAUGUUUACAUUUUGUACUUGUAUGUAAAUACCGCAUUAGUAAUCGAUAGUUUGUAAAUUGUAAUUGCUAAGCUAAUCUGCAUGUAGGUCCUCUGGCUAUUUAUUCAACCAUAUGGUUAAAACAUUAGUCUCAGGACCAUACCAUACGAAAGGAUUGUUCGGUAAAUCUGUAUAUUCGUGAUAAUAAUGUAGAAACCUAUUCGAAUGUCGCGUUGUUUUGUAUUAGCACAAACGAUUACUUGUAAUAAAAUUGUACGAAAGUAAUAUUUUUGUUGAAUUAAAGCUGUUUGCAUUGUCAAAAAUAUCAUUGAUGGAAAUAUUAUUUUCGAUCACUUCGUGUUGAAUUUAUUUUUUUUUAUAUAUAAUCCUUUCUUCCCAGAUUUGAAUUCGAUUUUCACAAAAUAAGUUCUACCACACAUUAUGAUAAGCAAUCUUAUGCCGGCAUCUGUCUUGAGUGUCUUAAGUUCGGCUAUAACUCUGGGCUAGUGUUAUCGCUGAACUCACAGUCCACCAAAGAUUGGCGAAAUUUCAGCGCUGUAUAGCCGGCGGCAUUAUAAUAAUCUACUAUA